AUGUCGGCUGACUAUGCACUAUUCAUUAUUACAGUACCGAAUGAUCUAGUAGAGGAAACUACCGUAGCAUUGGUGAAUGCCGUGAAAGAUUUAAAGAAUACAAUCGAAGUUCAACAGUCCUCCUCUUUUCAAGCUCUACCGGCUCUUAUUGGCGCUGAUGGCUUAUUAUCAUCUUCACACGAUGUAGUCAAUAUUGUGUUCGACGAAACAAAUGACGAUGUUAGUAAUGAUCUUCCCACUCGUGUAGCCGGUCGUGAACGUUCUCUAUGUAGUAGUUUAAAAUCAUACCUAGAAAAUAUGGCGGGCAUUGAACCUAUAUGGAUGAUUUCGGAUGAUAAAAAAACGUAUCAGAUAACAUUUUUUGCCGAAUUUGGUAUUGUUAGUGAUCAUUUACUACAAGAAUUACGACGUAUUGGUAUUGGUGUCAGAAGUGGAACAAGGAUCUUUAUUUUACCCAUAAGUUGUGUAGUGGGUGUAGAAUCUCAAUUGAAUACGGAGGAAAAGGCGGAUGAUAAUUUAGUGCAAAAUGGUGGUGAUUCAAAUGACAUGUCUCAAGAGACGUUAACUCUACGAAAAAAAUUAAAAAAUAAAAUUAAUGAGUCAGAUUUUAAAAAAAGUGUUCGUGCACGAUUGAUGGUUCAUCAGGUUGUUGCAGCGAUACGUGUAUCAACAGCUCUUACGUUCGACUUUGUUAUUCUUCUUAUAUUAGCUAGUAUGUUAGCAGCUUUCGGCCUUUUAGAAAACAGUACAGUCAUUAUUGUUGCAAGUAUGCUCGUUUCACCGUUAAUGAAUCCUAUUCUUGGCGUGGUAUUUGGUUUAUCGGUACGUGAACAUAGCUUAUGGAAAUGUGGUUUAAGAAAUGAAGUUAUUGGACUACUAAUAUGUUUAUCAUGUGGAUUUUUAUUGGGUUUAUUUACAACAUUUUUUGAAACAAAUUGGGGUAGUUCAACAUCUUUUCCAACCAUGGAGAUGCGAUCAAGAGGAGAUAUUACACGACUUUGGAUUGGCGUUUUGAUAGCGCUUCCGUCUGGAGCUGGUGUUGCAUUAUCAGUGCUUGGUGGUAAUACUGGAUCUCUUGUGGGAGUUGCAAUUUCAGCCUCGCUACUACCACCAGCAGUCAACUGUGGAUUAUUAUUUGCAUAUGCACUGUUAGGAACAUCAUUUUCGUCAGUUGCAGCAUAUUCUAGCGAUAUCAACGAUAAUCAAUUUCAAUUUAAAAAUAUUUUAAAAAAGCAUAGUUUAGUGAAAAACUGUACAAAAUAUGUAAAUAACGAGUAUCUUCCAUUGUAUAGUUGUAAUCUUGCCACAGAAGCAUCGAUACUUGGUGUCUGUAGUCUACUACUAACAUUUGUCAAUAUUCUAUGUAUUAUCAUUAUGGCAUUAAUUAUAUUGCGAAUAAAAGAAGUUGUACCAUUAAAUCAAACCAAUGACGAUAUAACACAAUUUUUUCAUCAUGAUGUUCGUGUUGCUAGAGAUUAUAAUAAAACUAUUCAUCAACAACAUGAUGGUGUUAGUGGUGAUUCGAAAUUAGCACAAGCAAUUGUUAAUCGAUGGAAAACAUUUACAUCAUCAUCAUCAACAACUCAACAACAAAAUGAUAUGACGAAACAUAACAAUGAUUCAAUGAAUAGUGACGAUCUAAUUUCAAAUAGAGAAAAUAAAAGUCAAAAUAAUUUUAAUUAUUUUAUUCAAUGUCACAAUUCAAAACGUAAUCUACAUCGUUUACAAACAUUUGCAAAAGAAUACGAUUUGGAUCUCUAUAACCGUAAUGAUUAUGAAGUAUUAAGUUCUAAUAGUCGUGAAAAAGUUCAGAUAAUGGCACGUGAUCUUUUAGAAUUCUGUGACGAAACACAACGAAUGGAUCUUAGUCGAUUGCUACCCUAUAGUAUGCAUAAACAACAAAAUGGUGAUCCAUCAUCACCUUAUUAUGAACUAAUUGGUGUUUUGCCACCAAAAUGGAAUGAAAUAUUUUUAUAUGAACAGCGCUUACAAGAAAGAAAAUCAUCAUUUCAUCGUUCUUAUUCUCUACGUGAACAAAUACCAUCAUUUCAUUCGAAUCGAACAUUAAAUCUUUCAUUUAGUGAACAUAAAAAUAACCAGGUGACAAAACGAUCGUCACUUCAACGAUUAACGUCACUACCUGAAGCACCGGCCCCACUAGAGAAUAAUACUGGGGGAACAAUUCGAGGAACAAGAUUUCAAAUAACAAAAGCGAACGAUAUUUUAUCAACAGUUCAAGUAAAUUCUGUUUAA